AGAUUUGUGUACACAGUAUGUGAGAAACAAUGCGUAGACGAAGUUCUGUUGGUAGACAAAGUUAAAUUGAAUUAAGUUUUAGCCGAAUGUCUGUUUCAAAUGUUGCUGUAAUUGGUGCCGGCACGUCGGGACUGUGUGCAGCAAAGCACUGUCUACAGCAAGGAUUCCAAGUAACCGUAUACGAACAAAAUGAUACAAUCGGCGGAAUUUGGUAUUACACAGACGAUGUUGGCAAGGAUAAGUUUGGUGUUGCCAUACAUACACCCAUGUAUCAAGAGCUCAGAUCCAAUUUACCGUUUCAAGUGAUGGAAUUCCCUGAUCAUAAAUAUCCAGAAAAUGCAAUAUCAUAUCCACCUCAUCGUGACGUACUGGCAUUCAUUCAUUCUUAUGCUGAUAGAUUCGACUUAAAGAGGCACAUUAAACUGUCGCAUUUGACUAUCAGUGUGAAACCAAUUGAAAAUGAUAAAUGGGAAAUAAUCGUUAAAGAUUUGGUGAAUGGAACGUUCGAAACAAAAAUUUACGAUGCCAUAAUGGUUUGUAAUGGACAUUAUUUUAAACCGCGAGUUCCACAGUUGGAUGGAGUGGACAGUUUUCAAGGAGAAAUACUGCACAGUCACAAUUUUCGAACAGCCAAGGCGUAUUGUGGUAAGACCGUACUGGUGAUCGGCGGUGGACCGAGUGGUAUAGACUUAGUUUUGCAUCUAUCCAAAACGGCCAGUCGCAUUACAUUUAGUCAACAUAAAAUAAAUGGCGAAAGCAAGGAAUCUUUCGCACAACGCCAGCAGUUGUUGCCCGAUAACGUUACUCUUCAGGAAAAUGUUAGACGAUUCUAUCCGAAUGGAGCAGAAUUCAUUGAUGGCUCUUGCCAGUCGUUCGAGGUCAUUUUCUUUGCAACUGGCUACAAAUUUUCUUAUCCCUUUUUGAGCACCGAUUGUGGCAUCUACGUUGACGAUAACUUUGUUCAGCCGCUAUACAAGCAAAUAUUUAACAUUGAAUAUGCAACAAUGGCAUUUAUUGGCAUACCAUAUUCAGCCUGUAACACACAAAUGUUCGACCUUCAAGUUCGCUUCGCUCUGAAAUUCCUAUCCGCAGAGAAGAAGCUCCCUUCAAAAUCGGAAAUGAUCGGUGACAUGCGAAUGCAGACACAGAUUCAUUGGAAUAAAGGAUAUCGAAAACAUCGCACCCACUGUCUUGCAAUGGAACAGGCAGACUACUACCGACAACUAUCUGAAACUGCAAACAUCAAGAAUCUCCCAGCCGUUUUGCCAGCAAUAUUUCUCGAUCAUUUUGUUACAGUCGGAAAGGAACCAUCUGAUUUUCGAAAAUACCGCUAUACGGUUCUUGAUGAAAAAACGUUUUCCAAGAGUAAAGUUGAGUAGACAGCAUAAAUAUACCGAGUAAUAAAAUGUAGUUUCCAUU